AUGGAGACGACACUCCCACUCCCGUUCCUCGUCAGUGUGGCCGUGCCCCCAGGGCUGGCCAAGCUCGAGGGCCUCACGCGCGAGGAAGUAUCCGUGCUCGGUGUCCCGUUCUUCGAAGCGCAGCCCAAAAUUAUGGACAAGCUAUCGCGGUUUCUGGGACGUCACAACCAUGAAUUCUACGCUCACAUGGACGUCACGAGCCUUGAAUCUGUCGACGACGUCGUGGCUUUACUAAACGAAGGAACACGAAAGGUGUUUGUCGCUGCAGAAAACCUCUCCGCUUACACAGAGUUUGGAUCGAGGGUGAUCCCAACAGUUUCCAAGCUGGACCUAUCCGCCGCUUCAGAGCACGGUCUCUUGAUCAAAGAAUUUGACCCAUCAUCGGCAGAUAUCGAAAAGUUCAUUGCUGAGGCCAAGGAGAAGAAAGUCAGCAACUUGUACCUGAAGCCCACAUCGACAGCUUCCGCUGAAAAGGUUCUCGACGUGGCCAAUCAAUGCGGUGCCAUUCCCAUCCUGGCCUCGACAUCCUUGACGACCAACAAGCACGACAAAGAGCGCUUGUUGCUGUCCAAGGUCAUCGCUGGGUUCUGGAAGUCGGAUCGCCCUGACGGGCUGAUCCCCACCGUCGUCACAGAUGAGUCAGGCGUGGCACUUGGUCUCGCUUACACCAGCGAGGAGAGUAUCCUCGAAGCUGUGCGGACCCAAGGCGGUGUGUACCAAAGCCGGAAAAGGGGUUUGUGGAUCAAGGGCGCGACAUCGGGCGACACCCAGGAGCUCAUCCGCUUCGCUCUGGACUGCGACAACGACACCCUCAAGUUCGUGGUCAGACAGACGAACCGCUUCUGCCACCUGGAGCAGACUGGCUGCUUCGGCGACCUAAGAGGUAUUGCGGCCCUGGAGCAGACUCUCAAGGCGCGCAAGGAGUCGGCGCCCGAGGGAUCCUACACGAAGCGCCUCUUCUCCGACGCCAGCCUCCUGCGGGCCAAGAUCAUGGAGGAGGCCGAGGAGCUCUGCGAUGCCGAGACACCCGAGAACACGGCCUUUGAGGCUGCGGACCUAAUCUACUUUGCCCUAACCAAGGCUGUCAGUGCUGGCGUCUCCCUCGCCGACAUUGAGGCGAACCUCGACGCAAAGGCGCUCAAGGUCAAGAGGCGAACGGGCAACGCCAAGGGCAAGUGGGCUGAGAAGGAAGGCAUCAAGGUCGAGCAGCCGCCGCCCAAGGUGGCGCCCGUUGAAAAGCCGGUCACGGACCGCAUCGUGAUGCAACGGAUCGACUCGACCAAGGCCUCCGAGGCCGAGCUCCUCGAAACCCUCAAGCGGCCCUCGCAAAAGUCGCCUGAUGCCAUCCUCAAGAUUGUCCACCCCAUCAUCGAGGACGUCAAGAAGGGUGGCGACAAGGCUGUGCUCUCGUACACCCACAAGUUCGAAAAGGCGACCUCGCUGACCUCCCCCGUCAUCAAGGCGCCCUUCCCCAAGGAGCUCAUGGACCUGCCACCUGAGACCAUUGAGGCCAUUGACGUUUCGUACGAGAACAUUCGCAAGUUCCACGCGGCCCAGAAAGAGGACAAGACUCUCCAGGUAGAAACCAUGCCCGGCGUCGUGUGCAGCCGCUUCUCGAGACCCAUAGAGCGCGUCGGCUUGUACAUUCCCGGUGGCACCGCCGUACUGCCCAGCACGGCCCUCAUGCUCGGUGUCCCUGCCAUGGUCGCCGGAUGCAAGAAGAUUGUGCUCGCGUCUCCGCCCCGGUCGGACGGGCGCGUGACCCCAGAGAUUGUCUACGUGGCGCACAAGGUCGGCGCCGAGAGCAUCGUGCUCGCCGGCGGUGCCCAGGCCGUGGCCGCUAUGGCGUACGGUACGGAGAGCAUCACCAAGGUCGACAAGAUCCUGGGGCCGGGCAAUCAGUUCGUUACGGCCGCCAAGAUGCACGUCAGCAACGACACCAAUGCAGGCGUCAGCAUCGACAUGCCCGCCGGUCCAUCCGAGGUCCUCGUCGUCGCCGACAAGCACGCCAACCCGGCAUUUGUCGCGUCCGACCUGCUCUCCCAGGCUGAGCACGGCGUCGACAGCCAGGUCAUCCUGAUCGCCAUCGAUCUCACCCCGGCACAGCAACAGGCCAUUGACGACGAGGUCCACAACCAGGCCAUGGCCCUGCCGCGUGUGGACAUUGUCCGUGGCGCCAUCGCCCACUCUGUCACCGUGCAGGUCAAGACACUCGACGAGGCCAUGCGCAUUAGCAACGAGUACGCGCCGGAGCAUCUCAUCCUCCAGAUUGACGACGCCGCCAAGGCCGUGGACCAGGUCAUGAACGCUGGUAGUGUCUUUAUUGGGCAAUGGACCCCCGAGAGUGUCGGCGACUAUUCUGCCGGCGUCAACCACUCGCUUCCUACGUAUGGUUUCGCGAAGCAGUACUCUGGCGUCAACCUGGGCUCGUACGUCAAACACAUUACAAGCUCCAACCUCUCCUCCGAUGGUCUGCGCAACGUGGGCUCCGCGGUGAUGCAGCUCGCCAAAGUGGAAGAGCUCGAGGCCCACCGGAGGGCCGUCGAAUUGCGCCUGCAAUACCUGGAUGCCCAAAAGUAG